CAGACUGCAAUCCAGGUUGACUAUGGUGCAUCAAGCUCUCGGAAGGACUGGCAGGGAGAUUGGCACUCUGAACUGUUAAUGGAAACAUAGGACUCACAUUGCCGUUGAUCAAUUGGGUGGACUUAACGAGCAAAGACCAACAGAGGAAGCUAGGAAGGCAGUUGGAAUUAUAGCAGUUUUUCAGAAUGUCUAAGCAAGGUAAAUUGAACCAGGAGAGAGCAGAAGAAGCUGCAAAAGAGCAGGAGACUGCCAUCUCUGAAACCAACCUGGAUAACUGUGUUCUUAAUAAACCUGAAAGCUCAGAAUUAGAGGAGGAGAAGCUCAGUGAUUCCGAGACAGAGCUGCAGGUGUUACUGCCAACAAAAAGUUGUUAUGCAAAGCUUAAGAAGAAACGAGGUGCAAAUCAGCAGAAAAAGUGGUCCAAGUCAGGAGCUAAGGGAAAACUCAUGUGGAAUCUUGCUGUGUGUGAAGAGUCAUCCCCUCAUCCAGGAGCCGAAAAUCUUCAUGACAACCAGGAAUCAAUCCAACUACAUCUUUCAAGUUUUCCUAGCUUGCAAGAAGAAGAUAAAUCUAGUAAAGAUGACUCCAAGAAAGAAAAAAAGAGAAGGAUAAAAGUAAAGAUAAAAACAGUGAAAAAAGCAAGAUCAGAAUGCUAUCAAAAGAUUGAAGUCAAGAGUAUACAGACUCAGACAGCUCAAAUCGAAAUUUGAAGCCAGCCGUAACAAAGACAGCCAGUUUUGGUGGGAUAGCUGUCCUGACAAGAGGAGAUAGCUCAUCAAGUAACAGAAUUAGCAGCAAACUGUCUAAAACAGAUCACUAACUUGAUCUACUGACAUAGGAGAGCAGAUCUCAGAUCUUUUAAGGCAGACAUUUCAAAGCUGUCAGCUUAACCAGUGUGUAGUGAGAGCUUCAAAGUAUUUCCCACUGCUUCCAUGUGAUUUACUCAGUACAAUGUGCUUAUUUGCUAGUAAAACAUAUGUGUUGUAUUUAAACAUUUAUAUAACUUUUAGUUCUAGGAGAAAUAUGUAAAUAUGUCAUAAUGUGAAUUUACCUAAGCAUGUUUUUCUAGAAAUGCUCAACUUUAUAAUUAAAAAAGAAAGGGGGAGUUGUGGGAGAACAGACAAUGGUAGUGCUGAAGGCACUCUUGCUCCUAAAGUGUUGCAGCUGUGUUAAUUACCAGAGUGG